AUGGGCUUUUUAAGCCUACUCUCUGUGUUUUUCUUCUUUUUCGGUGUCGAAGUAUAUAGCCAGUAUGAAACUUAUCAAUGGGAUGAAGAUUAUGACCAAGAACCAAGUGAGGAUUACCAACCAGAAUUCCAGUUUCAUCAACAUAUAGAAUAUGGAGCUCCCUUUCAUCAGAACACUGCAGGUUGUGCCACUGAAUGCUUCUGUCCACCUAACUUUCCAACAUCAAUGUACUGUGACAACCGCAAGCUCAAGACUAUUCCAAACAUUCCGGUGCACAUUCAGCAACUAUACCUUCAGUUCAAUGAGAUUGAAGCUGUAACUGCAGAUGCCUUCACCAACGCCACUCAACUUAAAGAAAUUAACCUCAGCCACAACAAAAUUAAAUCUGAAAAGAUAGAUUAUGGUGUGUUUGCCAAGCUUCCAAAUCUACUGCAACUUCACUUAGAGCAUAACAGUCUUGACCAAUUUCCAUCACCUCUUCCCAAAUCUCUGGAAAGACUCUUCCUUGGUUACAACAAAAUCUCCAGGCUGCAGAAAAAUGCCAUGGAUGGACUAGUUAGCCUGACCAUGCUGGAUCUCUGUUACAAUCAUCUCCAUGAUGCUAUGUUAACAGAAGAAGUUCUUGCCAAAAUGGAAAAAUUAAUGCAGCUUAACCUAUGUCAUAACAGAUUAGAAUCAAUGCCUCCCGGGUUGCCUUCUUCACUUAUGUAUCUAUCUUUGGAAAAUAAUUCAAUUUCUUCUAUACCAGAAAAUUAUUUUGACAAACUUCCCAAACUUCAUGCUCUAAGACUGUCACAUAACAAACUGCGAGACAUCCCAAGUAACAUUUUUAAUCUCUCCAACCUUGUAGAGCUCAAUGUUGGACACAACAAAUUGAAGCAACCAUUCUACAUUCCAAGAAAUUUGGAACAUUUGUACCUAGAAAAUAAUGAAAUAGAAAAUAUCAAUGUGACAGUGAUGUGUCCUUCCAUUGAUCCAGCGUAUCAGCAUCAUUUAACAUAUCUUCGUGUGGACCAAAAUAAGCUGAAAGAACCAAUAAACUCGUACAUCUUCUUCUGCUUCCCUUACAUACACAGUAUUUAUUAUGGCGAACAAAGAGGCCCUAAUGGCCAAACAAUACAGCUGAAAACACAAGUUUCCCAGAGAUUUCAAGAAGAAGCUAGUGAUGAGCAUGAAGAAACUGACGGAGCCCUGGAGUACCAUGAGCAAGGAAUGCAACAGCGCUUUGACCCUCAUUAUUACGACAGUGAAGAAUGGCAAGAAACUUUAGGUAUAUACUGA